AUGGACAGAUUCCUACAGAAGACAGCCCCAGGGGUCCUUUUGGGAAAAACAGCCAAGCAAAAGCCCACCAGAGAAGAGGCAGGAGAAGAUGGAGGAAUGGCAGAGAAGAGGCCCAGGAGAGAGACCCCCGGGGACACCAGCCACCAGGCAGGCCUGAGCUGGAGGCAGAUUCGUGGGGAAGGUCUGAACUGUGAUUACACCAUCCUGUUUGGCAAAGCAGAGGCGGACAAGAUUUUCCGCGAGUUGGAGCAAGAUGUGGAGUAUUUUACUGGUGCGCUGGCAAGGGUGCAGGUGUUUGGGAAAUGGCAUGAUGUGCCGAGGAAGCAGGCGACCUAUGGUGACGCUGGGCUGACCUACACGUUUUCAGGCCUUACGCUGUCUCCAAAGCCCUGGCUUCCAGUUCUGGAACGCAUCCGGGAUCGAGUCUCUGACGUGACAGGACAGACCUUCAACUUCGUGCUCGUCAACAGGUAUAAAGACGGCUGUGAUCACAUUGGAGAGCACCGAGACGAUGAGAGGGAACUGGCCUCCAGGAGCCCCAUUGCCUCCGUGUCCUUUGGUGCCUGCCGGGAUUUCUUCUUCCGGCACAAGGCCUCCCGAGGGAAGCCUGGCGGCCGGCCGGGGGACACAGUCAGGCUGCAGCUGGCCCACGGGAGCUUGCUCAUGAUGAACCACCCGACCAACACUCACUGGUACCACAGUCUCCCCGUCCGCAAGAAGGUUCUGGCUCCACGGGUCAACUUGACAUUUCGUAAAAUUCUGCCUAAGAAAUGAGAGAUGUUUGUAACAGUUAGCACGACUGUCUCUUCCUUCUCUGUCUAUUCUGAGUGAGCCUGAAGCAGAGGUAGCUUGGUGACUUUUUUUUUUUUUUUUUAGCCAGUCCUGGAGCUUGAACUCAGAGCCUGGGUGCUGUCCCUAA